AUGGCAAAUCAUGGCAUCAUUAUUCUCUGUGCGAUCUUAUGGCUCUUCGACUCUGCCAAUACUCCAGUGAAAUGCUCAAACAACAAAACAGAUUCACUUGCAUUACUAUCCUUCAAGGCAGCUAUAGACGACGAUCCACGAGGUGCAUUAAAUUCAUGGAAUGAAAGUGUCGAUUUUUGCAGCUGGAAAGGCAUUUUGUGUGGCAGCAGGCAUCAUACAAGAGUAGUAUCCAUCAAUAUGAUGUCUCAAGGCUUGGUGGGAUACCUCUCACCUCAUAUAGGUAAUCUUUCAUUUCUAAGAAGCAUCAUUCUCCAAAAUAACAGUUUCUAUGGCCAAAUUCCCAGAGAAAUUGCUCAGUUAAAGCGACUACAAUACAUGGAGUUCAGCAACAACUCUUUUGAUGGAUCAAUACCAAGAAACCUGUCCCAAUGCCGAAAUCUUUAUUACCUAAAUUUGAUUGAUAAUGACCUCACGGGAAUCAUACCGCCUGAACUGGUACUUGUCCAUCUUCAAAGUCUGGAAUUGAUCAAUUUAGAUGAGAACAGUUUAACUGGUGCCAUUCCUCCUGGUCUCUAUAAUAUUUCCACUUUCUCUAUUUUCUCUGUGCGCUCGAAUCAGCUCCGAGGAACCAUACCUCGAGACCUGGGUUUCAGGUUUCCAAAGUUGAGGCAUCUUGAUUUGGGGGAUAAUCAAUUUAGCGGAGUGCUUCCAGCAUCAUUAUCAAAUGCUUCCAUGCUUGAAAUAAUAAAUUUAUCUGGUAACAACUUUACAGGACCGAUGCUGGAAGAUUUUGAAAGGCUUUCAAACUCCAUUGGAAAUCUUUCAAGUGACCUUAGCUACCUAUCUGUGGGGAGAAAUGAAGUACAUGGAAGCAUUCCUUCAGAUAUUGAAAACCUCGUCGGUCUCACUCGCUUGAUUAUUUCGGACAACAAUCUUGAAGGUCCUAUUUCUUUUGCAUUUGGAAAACUUACUAGGUUGCAAGAACUCUAUCUGGACACAAACAGAUUCGCGAAUUUGCUUCCAUCUUCACUUGGAUUCAUUCCAAAUUUUUUGAGCAGUUGCGCCAGCUUACAAUGGCUUCAUUUGGAGGCCAAUUCACUUGAUGGUGAAAUACCUCGACAAUUAAAUGAGUUGAGGGGUUUACAAGACUUGGAUCUUUCACGAAAUAAAUUAUCAGGGCCAAUCCCAAGGUUUCUAAGUGAACUUCUAUUGGUAAAUCUGAACCUGUCUUUCAAUAGGCUGCAGGGUGAAGUCCCAAUGCUAGGAGUGUUCCAAAACAGAACUGCAGUUUCAGUUGACGGGAACAAUGAAUUGUGUGGUGGCAUUGCAGACUUGAAGCUUCCUCCUUGCUCAUCACAAAAUUCCAAGAAGAAAUACGUCCCAACCGUAUUGAAAGUCUUAAUCCCGAUGGUGGCAGCUUUAGUCAUUUGUUUUACUCUUUCAGUAUACUUCUGCUUAUUUGUAUGCCGGCGAAGAAGAAGGUCCAGAGAUACUCUAUCUUCCAUGCCAUCAUUUGAAGGACAGUUCUUGAGGCUUUCUUAUGCAGAUCUUUUGAAAGCCACAAAUGGAUUCUCUGAAGCUAAUUUGAUUGGUGCAGGAAGACAUGGAUCUGUUUACAAGGGAAUCCUCGAUGACGGACAGACAUUGGUAGCAGUGAAGGUACUCAGUCUCCAUGUAAAAGGAGCAUCUAAGAGCUUCAUAUCAGAAUGCAAUACGUUAAGAGUUGUAAGGCACAGAAACCUCCUGAAACUAUUGAGUAUAUGUCAGAGCACAGAUUUCCAAGGAAGUGAUUUCAAGGCAUUGGUUUAUAAAUACAUGUCUAAUGGGAGCCUGGAGAAAUGUCUACAUCAGAAUAGACAGCAACAAGGUGGACAGGACGAAAAGACCAGCAAUCUCACCAUGAUUCAGAGGCUAAACAUCGCCAUUGAUAUUGCAUCUGUGCUCGAAUACCUACAUUGUGGCACUGAUUCAUCCAUUGUCCAUGGUGAUCUAAAACCAAGUAAUAUUCUUUUGGAUGAUGACAUGACCGCCCAUGUCGGAGAUUUCGGAUUGGCAAAAGUUAUGUCAAGCAUUUCGAGUGAAUUUCCCACACAUGAUGGCAGUUCAACUGGGAUCAAGGGUACUAUAGGCUAUGUUCCUCCAGGUAUAACUUCCCCUUUCAAACUUAAUAUAGUACAUGUAACAGCUGUUUUAGAGUUCUGCAAUGCCUUAUCAUCAAUAUGUAAUCCAAGAAAUUCUUUACCUUAA